AUGGCGGUACCCUUGGCCACCCAACGAGCUUCAACAGAAUAUCCAGGGAGUAGUCCAUUACCUGUAUCACAACGAAGACCGGUGUCCUCAAAUGAAGAAAUCACCAUGGCUCGCCUCAGUCGAAUAUGGGGAUUCUCAAACCCUCUACCCAAGACGGGCAAUCCUUCAACUCGCCCAUCCACUCCGAAAUUAGCAGAACGAGAGAGUGUCUCUGCCCCACAGGUUUCAGCUCGCCAGCCAAAGGAAGCUGUGGCCACUACGAACAACAAAGUGCCUGACCAACAAGCACGCGGGUCCUCUGAUGUCUCUAAAAAGAGCUGCCAGCGUUGCGUUCGAACAGACACCACGUGUGAUGGACUACAACCCUGCACACCUUGUAAGAACACGCACUGCAGGUGCUCUUAUCAGACCAUGGUAGUUACACUCGUCUCAAAGUCAGCCAGGGCCAUGGAUGCCAACUCGAAACCCAAUCAUUCCGUGAACUCAGCACAAUUCCAUGUGACUGACCAUGGUAUUGAUGGUCACAUUGAACCUCACGAGCCCCAACAGAAGCCGGGACUCAGCUACGAUAUGGUCGCAAUUCAACCUGACCACGACGACACAUCUUCAGACGAAUUCGCCGCUCUCCUGGAAAUUGAUCUUAGUAUCGAAGCAGUCCGAAACCUAGUCAACAACCUGCAAAAGGAUCAACACGUUUGGCAAGAAAAAUCUGUUCAAGCAGACCUGAGACAGGCAACAUUUGAUAUGAAGACUAGACGCUUACCGGAUCUCGACCUGAAUAUGCCUGACCCUUUUCGUGUCGCAUUCGAAAAAAGAAAGGCCACAGAGUCGGAGGAUAUUCUCGAGACACCAGAGACCAAUGGUGUGGGCAAGACUUUGGCUCGGCCUCAACAGAAGAAAGUCUUGCUGACCAGAGCGGUCGAGAAACGCUUCAAGACUGGCGGCAACGUACUCCCGAAGUACAAGGCGAUAGGAAGAGUAUCUUCGACUUUUCUUGCCCCUAACUGCCACACUCAGAAAUACCGACCCUACGACGCGGAAGAUGAGAUUCAAGAUCCAGAGUCAACAGAAAAGUAUCUUGAACUCGAGCAACGAUUUAACAAUAAUUACGACGGUUUGAAAGCCCAACGGGACUGUCAAGAACUGAUAUGGCUCUGGAAGCCAUGGGUGGAGCAACUUCUUGGCUCUAUGCAGAUCAAAGCAGAACACGUGAUUUACUAUUUUGUUCGCGAUCAUUUCGAGCAGGAUCGGCAGCUCAAAGUGCCUUGGUCAAUGGAGUCUGGAAGGGCAUGGACAUCAGAGUGGACAAAAAGCUGCACAACUUGCGAGCUUGCAAGUCAGGAAGAAAGAAUUUCAAGCUUCAGUCGGAACAAAUUCGAUGAGCUAGAUCGACCUGAUGACCGGAGUUUGGCCCUUGCUGGUCUUGCAGCCUACGCAUUCCAUCAAUUGAGUCGAGUCAGCAUGUGGCACAUCGUCACAGGUGGCCUCAUCCAGCCGCCUCAUGAUGAAUGGGAGGAUGACGAGAAUGGGUCAGAACCAUGUCUGAUCUGUUUUCGCCAUCAUUGUCCAGCCCAUGGCAAUUUUGUUGAGCCCCGCGAUGAAGAUCAACCAGAGGAUACCAAAGCCUAUGUCAACGAUGAAGAGAAGAAGCAGAAUGUCAGAAAAUUCAUGUCUCUCCCUGCAGAUGAGCAAAAGGACCAGAAGCCACACUCCUGUGGCGUCUUUUGUGUUGAUCCGGCACAAAGCCUCCAGCAGAUAGUAGGCAGACAUCCAGAUGGCACUGUCGGUGGUGACAGUCGAGUAAACGAUCAAACACGGUCAUCAUUCCAAGAAAAUGAACUUUGCAGCAGUAGGUGUUUCUGGGAAGUUUCUCGGCGACGAAACCUCAAGAUAUCCGAAGCCAAGUUUGAACCUUUCCUGUCGAGGUCGCAUAGGGUUCUUGUUGAGAAGCUGAUGCGGUUUUAUCUCAACCACCUCAGAGGACCAUGCGUCAUCUCUCGAAUUGUCAAAGAUGUGACUUGUGAGAGUGUCUUUAAUCACAUGAUCUUUUGCAUGAUGCAAAACCCACACCCUUUUCUGGAUGGAGAUCCACUGUCUGACACCAAUUCUGCCCAGAGACUUCAGAUUGCCGCAAAGAAAAAGAGAAAGCCUGCGCCACCUAUGGAUACAUCCAAGAGUGGGGAUCUUGAUCAACGGCCUCCGUUUCAACCAUGCUCGCAUGAGGGGCCUUGCCACAAUGAUCCCAAGUGUAACUGCUACAGAUACAAGGUGCACUGUGAACGCUUCUGUGGCUGCGAUGACUCUUGCAAACGACGAUUCAGAGGUUGCACUUGCGUGGCCCGUGGAAACAAGGUUUGCUUCAAAGACAACCGCUGUGAGUGCUGGAAAUUGAAUCGAGAAUGUGACCCGUCCCUCUGUGGGAAAUGCGGCGUGUACGAAGUUCUAGAUUCUUACAACAAAUACAACGAUGACGUUCGCAAAGGAAGAUGCAGGAACAAUCGGAUUCAGCUCGGACUUCCAGCACCUACUACCAAGGCGCCAAGUCAAAUACAAGGCUAUGGCCUUUACAGCAGAACGGCCAUUCUCAAAGAAGAAUUCAUCGGCGAAUACACAGGUGAACUCAUCAGCAAGUCAGAAGGCAACAGAAGAGGUGCCAUGUAUCACGUUCUAGGGCAGGAGUACCUAUUCACCAUCAACAAAGCACAGGAGAUCGACGCAUCCAAUAACGGCAACAAGAUGAGAUUUAUGAAUAACUCUCAACGCGAAGAGCAUAUUAAUGUGGAGCCGAAGAUGCUCUGGUGCAGUGGCGUUGUGCGUGUCGGUCUUUUUGCCAAACGCGACAUCGAGGCCGGAGAGGAACUACUGUACAACUACAAUUACCCCGAAUCCAAGGUCCAAUAUUUUUGGGAACCUGGUGAGCGGCCAUCCAAUACACGAGCUGUCGUCCCGCUGUCCCAUGAGCGCACUGCACGGACGAUAACAGCGCCAAGUGCAGUUAAAGCUUUUGCAGACGCAGUGAAUAAUGACAGCCGCAGCCCAUCUCCCAUAGUCGCACGAUCCCGGAAGAGAAAACGAGUGUUGGACGAUAGUUCCUCCGAGCCUGAGGAAUUCAGGCAGGCUACUCGACCAGCUGGCACUGCCAGGCGUCCGCGCAGUGGGACCGGAACCUCACGCGUUCCUGAAAUUGGAGAUUCAGCAGAGUCAGACUAUCAAGUCAACGGGCGUUUUGCUGACGAGGAUGAGGCAGGAAGAGAAGGAGACUUCGAGGACGAUGCCGAUGGCUUUGUUGACGACCUUUCAGAACCGCCAGAGGAGAAAUCACGCAAACACAAGGCCUCUAAAUCUCGCUCAUCUAACAUCAUCAUCGGAGCAACCAGCAGACGGGCGAAGAAACGCUCGCGGGUCAGUGGCGCACCUGCGGCUCGUCGGGUGUACAAAAUGAAGGAUCAAUUGGACGGAAUGGCAACGGCCAGUAGAGCUGCGAGGGUCAAGUCUCUGAGCCGCUCAAAUCAUACGAAGAAUAAAGCGGGAAAGUUGGUGAUUAGGAAGCGCAAGAUAGGGCCGAAUGAUGGUCGAUUUGGUGGGAGAGCGCAACAGUUGGCGUGGGAGACGAGAAGGUUGAAUGAAGCGCGGGCGAACGCAGGCUCAAACAGCUGA